AUGUGUACAUAUGUAUCCAUUUUUGUUGAUAACCAUGAAACUAUCUAUCUAUCUAUCUAUCUAUCUAUCUAUCUAUCUAUUCUCACUCGCUUCUGUUCAUAUCUAUCUAUCUAUCUAUCUCUAAGCAUUUCUAUGUGUACAUAUGUAUCCAUUUUUGUUGAUAACCAUGAAACUAUCUAUCUAUCUGUUUAUAACACUAUCUAUCUAUCUAUCUAUCUAUCUAUCUAUCUAUCACAGGCUGUUCAUAUCUAUCUAUCUAUCUAUCUAUCUAUCAGCAUUUCUAUGUGUACAUAUGUAUCUAUCUUUAGUGAUAACCAUGAAACUCUCUCUCUCCCUCUCCCUCUGUCCUUAUCUAUCUAUAAGCAAUUUUAUGCGUUGUUCAUAUCUAUCUAUCUAUCUAUAAGCAUUUUUAUGCGUACUUAUAUAUCUGUAUAUGGUGAUAACCAUGAAACUCACUCUCUCUCUUUCUUCUCUCUCUCUCUCUGUCCUUAUCUAUAUAUCUAUCUAUCACAGGCUGUUCAUAUCUAUCUAACCAUGUAUCUCUCUCUCUCUCUCUCUCUGUUCUUAUCUAUCUAUCUAUCUAUAAGCAAUUUUAUGCGUAAUUAUAUAUCUGUAUAUGGUGAUAACCAUGAAACUCUCUCUCACUCUCUGUCCAUAUCUAUCUAUGUGUCUAUCUAUCACAGGCUGUUCAUAUCUAUCUAUCUAUCUAUCUAUCUAUCUAUCUAUCUAUCUAUCUAUCACAGGCUGUUCAUAUCUAUCUAUCUAUCUAUCUAUCUAUCUAUAAGCAUUUUUAUGCGUACUUAUAUAUCUGUAUAUGGUGAUAACUAUGAAACUCUCUCUCUCUCUCUGUCCUUAUCUAUCUAUCUAUCUAUCUUUCUAUCUAUCACAGGCUGUUCAUAUCUAUCUAACUAUCUCUCUCUCUUUCUCUCUCUCUCUGUUCUUAUCUAUCUAUCUCUUCGCAAGAAAUCAAUAUAUGUCACCAUUUCCUGCCUGUCUCUCUCAGCGCCUUUUUAA